AUGUCUUUAUCCAAAACUCCGCCGAAGACAGUCACCGAGCUUCUUACCCGAGCCGAGAAGUACAUAAAUAUGGAGGAAAAACUGAACCCGAGAAAGGUUGGACCAUCCCAUGAUAGGGUCGAGCAUAAAAGACAGCAUGACCCGAACCCCCGUGAAGAACAACAUCGAAAAAAACAGAGGCAGGAGGUUCCCCCGACGCCGUUCACGCGUUUAAAUACGUCAAAGACCAAUAUAUUGAUGGAGAUCAAGGAUAUGAAGGAACUGAAAUGGCCUGUCAGAAUGAGGUCACCACCCGAAUCCAGGGACAUGAACAAGUACUGUGAGUUCCAUCGGGAUCAUGGGCAUACCACAGAGAACUGUAAGGCCCUACAACGGGAGAUUGAAGCCCUUAUUAAAAGAGGACUACUGAGCUCCUACGUCGGUAACGACAAGCGCCCAAGGAAUGAUCGUGCCAGGGAAAAAGACCCUAAGGCAAAAAGGGAUGGUCAACCCACUGCUGGAACCAUCAAUAUCAUCAUUGGAGGUAUUGCCUCGGGAGGAGACUCCAACAAUGGAAGAAAACAGUAUGCCCGACGAUAUGCCUUGGCCUCUGGGAUGCCUCAUGGAAAGCUGGAGGAUAUCACUUUUGGGACCGGAGACUUAGAAGGCAUAUCACUCCCACACGCCUUGGUAAUCUCAACGGUUUUGGCCAAUUUUGAAGUAAAGAGGAUCUUGGUUGACAACGGGAGUGCGGCCAAUAUACUUUCACAAGAAGCUUUUGCCAAAAUGGGAAUCUCAUCUCAGCAGCUCAAAGCGGUUAAAACUCCUCUCCAGGGGUUUGGGGGAGGAGUCAUCACUCCAGAGGGUGUCGUCGAGCUCCCUCUAACUUUGGGUUCUGGCCAGAAACAGAUUACGGAGAUGACAUCUUUCCAGGUGGUACGUGUCUCAAUGGCCUAUAACGCUAUUCUGGGAAGACCACUCCUGAACAAAAUUAAAGCCAUUGUGUCUACCUUCCACCUGGCCAUGAAGUUUCCAACAAGUAAUGGCGUUGGGGUUGUCCGUGGAGACCAGAUAGCUGUCAGACAAUGCUAUGUUGCCAGUGUUCGGGAAAUAAAUAACGACGUCAUGCAAAUCUCGAGGAUGGAUCCCGAGGAUGGGCAACAAGUCAAACUUGCUCCCGUCGAGGAAUUGAUGGAAAUUGAGCUCGAGCAUGAUAAGAAGGUGACGAUUGGUCGGGAUCUUGACGUCACCCUGAAGACAGAACUUGUUGGUUGCUUAUCUCGCAACAUUGACGUUUUUGCCUGGAAGGUUGAGGAUAUGUCAGGGAUAGACCCUAAAAUUGCAGUCCACAGGCUUAACAUUAGCCCAGGGGCUAGGCCAGUAAAACAGAGGAAAAGACAGUUCGCCCCAGAGCGUCGGGAGAGGUCCAAUAUCCCGACUGGCUUGCCAAUGUUGUUUUAG